AUGGAUGUUCUUCUCGACAUCCUGGACACAUUCGUGUUCGACAGAUUAUACGCAUCAAUUUUACCCGCGACGAAUCCCGUGCCGGCGCCUGCAGGCACAUACAACAAACACAUUAGCCUCUACUAUCCACUGCCGCCAUCUCCCUACGCAGACAGCAGCGCAUGGAAGCGAGAUGAUCUCGCCCGCCAGACAACGUCCCUCUUCCUCAUCGGGUGGAUCUUCGCCACAGCCUUGUACUUAAUCGGCAGCACGGUAGUCUACCACACGAUCUUCGACAAGCGAGUAAUGCGCCACCCACACUUCCUGCCGAACCAAAUCCGCCAAGAGAUCCACCAAGGCCUCUCGGCGAUCCCCGUCAUCGCCGUGCUCACGGCCCCGUUCUUUCUCGCCGAGGUGCGCGGCUGGACCAAGCUAUACGACUUCAACGACGAAGCCCCCUUCCGCGCCUACAACUGGCUGCAGUACCCGCUGUUCGUGUGCUUCACGGACUGUGGCAUCUACUGGAUCCACCGGGGAUUGCAUUACCCGCCCGUGUACCGGUGGCUGCACAAGCCGCACCAUAAAUGGAUCAUGCCGAGUCCGUUUGCGAGCUAUGCGUUCCACCCCGUGGAUGGCUGGUCGCAGAGUAUUCCCUACCAUGUGUAUCCGUUGCUCUUUCCACUGCAGAAGAGUGCCUACUUGGGGCUGUUUGUGUUCGUGACUAUGUGGACGGUUUUUAUUCGUGAGUUUCCCUUUGAGUUUGCUGUUGUGUGGGAAAUGAGGGGGAUAGGGCUAAUAAACGCAGAUGACGCCGAGUAUCUUUCGGAAUCUGUCGUCGUCAACGGUGCAGCGUGUCAUACCAUGCAUCAUCUGUACUUCAACUACAACUAUGGUCAAUUCCUGACGUUCUGGGAUAGGGUGAGUGGGACAUACCGCAAGCCGAAGGAGGACGGGUUCAUACAGAAUGAGAACCGCAAGGCGCAGGCUCUCAAGAGUGAUUGA